AUGAGGGUUCAAGAAUGGAGUGUAUCCUUUUGUUGCUUUCUGGGUUUUGUUCUGCUUUUCACUGUGCUAGCAACCCGUGUGGAAAGCGAAUGGGAGGGGCGAGAAUCUUUACUGGCUUAUCUAUUAGAUUCAGGGGUGAUCAAUCAAGAGAUGGCUGAGUUGUUACGGGAUAAAUGCAUGCUCCAAUUGUUACAAAUUCAAAAAACUCUACAAAAUGUCGAGGAGGAGGAGAACUCGAGCGCUAGUAACAACUUUCCAAAUUUUUGGCAUUUCCGAGCACAAGUGCACAACCCAAUCAAUGUCUUGGUCCCGCAGGUCAAUCAAAUCCUCAUAGAUUGUGUAAGGGAAAAAAAUCAAGAGGAAAGUUUGGAUACUUGGUAUACCCCAUAUGUCAGCUUCGUAUUUAGCCAUCGUUCGUCCUCAAUGAGACGUGUAUUACCCGAGACACCUGCACAAGCACCUGCUCCAUCCCCAACAGUUUAUUCUCCUUCACCGGAAUCUUCUAUUAUUCAUGUAUCUCCUCCAGAAAAUCCAUCUCGUCCGCCUUUGCCUCCAUUUUUUCCUCCAAAUUCAAUUGACUCAGGAUCGCCGCCUAUUUCUGAUGGGACACACACUUCUAGAAGUGCUUCUGAUGUGAACUCAAGCAGUCAGGGGUCGAACAAGAGAACGGUGGUUAUUGCUGUUGUUGUGACUGCUUGUGUGACCUUUCUUAUAGCUGGGCUGCUGUUUCUUUUUUGCUGUGGGUGCUGUGGGGCCAUCAAGAGACAGCGUAGAAAUGACGAGAGACCUCUUCUCAGCAUAAGUUUGAGUGACUACUCUAUUUCCUCCUCUUCACGCAAGCAAUACAGCCCAGAAGCUUCCUUGCACGAAGCAAAGCUUGGUAACAACCACCAGUCAUUCAACAACAAGAUGAACCACUCCAAAACCAGCGGGAAAUUCUUCACGGAGCCGCAUUCCCUGAGCCAUUCCAAAAUCGAGGUUGCGUUCAGGCCUACCACUGGACCAGCUGCCGCCAACUCAGCAGAAAGUACUUUGCCGGCAUCUCCCAGAAUACCGGCCCCAUCUGGACUGCCUCCACUGAGGCCACCCCCCGGAAGGACAGAGCUAUCUAAACCACCUGCACCGCCAGCGACACCGCCAGCGCCCGGCGGCCCACCACCUCCGCCGCCACGUGGGCCACCACCGCCACCACCGCCCGGUGGGCCCCGGCCACCGCCGCCACCGCCCGGUGGACACCGGACACCGCCACCACCGCCCGGUGGGCCCCGGCCGCCGCCGCCGCCUGUCGGUUUGAGACCCCCACGGCCUUCCAACUCCGGUCAACGUGCAUCUGUCUCCAGUGAUGAUGAUGAGGCUGGCAGUAGCAAUAAAGCAAAACUGAAGCCUUUUUUCUGGGAUAAAGUACUGGCAAAUCCCGAUCAUUCUAUGGUUUGGCAUCAGAUCAAAUCGGGAUCCUUUCAAUUUAAUGAAGAAAUGAUAGAGAGUUUGUUUGGCUAUGCACCUGCUUCAGCUGCCAAGAACAAGAAUGAUGCAAAGAAAGAGACUUCGCCUCAGGAUGUUUCGCCCCAAUAUGUUCAAAUAAUUGAUGCGAAAAAGUCUCAGAAUUUAGCUAUUCUUCUCAAGGCACUGAACGUGACAACGGAAGAAGUUUGUGACGCUUUAAAAGAAGGUAAUGAGCUUCCUCCAGAGCUCAUUCAAAAUCUGUUAAGAAUGGCUCCGACAGCCGAAGAAGAACUGAAGUUGAGAGUCUACACCGGCAAGCUUUCUCAAUUGGGACCCGCAGAACGCUUUCUAAAGGUCUUGGUCAACAUCCCUUUUGCAUUCAAGAGGCUCGAAUCACUUCUUUACAUGUGCACUCUUCAGGAAGAGAUGACAACAUUAACCGAGUCCUUCUCUGUCUUGGAGGCUGCCUGCACAGAACUACGAAAAAGCCGAUUAUUCCUCAAACUCUUAGAGGCUGUUCUCAAAACCGGCAACAGAAUGAACGAUGGGACCUUCCGUGGAGGUGCACAAGCCUUCAAACUCGACACCCUUCUAAAACUGUCGGACGUCAAAGGUACGGACGGGAAAACCACCUUGUUGCACUUUGUCGUUCAGGAAAUAAUCCGUUCAGAGGGAAUACGGGCCGCCCGCGAAACUCAAAAAAGACCGAGCUUCAAGUCCGAAAAAAAUCCACUUGAAGAUUCUUCUGAUCAAGACUCGGACGAGCACUUGAGGAGCCUCGGUCUGAAAGUCGUGUCGGGCCUCAGUAACGAGCUUGAAAAUGUCAGGAGAGCUGCAGCCUUAGACGCCGACAACUUAACUGGGUCAGUCUCGAAACUGGGCCACGGGCUCGUGAAGGCCCGCAAUUUCUUGAACUCGGAAAUGAAGAAUGUUCCGGAAGGAAACGGGUUCCUUCAGGUCCUGAGGAGCUUCGUGCAGAAUGCGGAGGUGGACGUGAAGUGGGCCCAGGAGGAGGAAAAGCGGAUAAUGGCGCUGGUGAAGAAUGCAGGGGAUUAUUUCCAUGGGAAUUCGGGGAAGGAUGAAGGUCUGAGGUUGUUUGUUAUUGUCCGCGAUUUUCUUGUGAUUUUGGAUAAGGUGUGCCGGGAGGUGAAAAAUGUACCAGCAAGAGUUAGGAUGGGCAGGAAGGAGGAAGAUAAGGCAGCAGCACAGCCAGAUGCCCGGCAGAAGGCGGCUUCGCAGGAUGCUCGUGAACGACUGUUUCCAGCAAUCACCGAUAGGCGGGUGGAUAGUUCGAGCUCGGAUGAUGAGUCGUAG